UUGUCUGCAGGUAUCACGAAGCCCGCUAUCCGUCGUCUCGCCCGUCGUGGGGGUGUCAAGCGUAUCUCCGGCCUCAUCUACGAGGAGACGCGCGGCGUGCUCAAGAUCUUCCUCGAGAACGUCAUCCGGGACUCCGUGACCUACACCGAGCACGCUAAGCGGAAAACGGUGACGGCGCUCGACGUCGUGUACGCGCUCAAGCGUUCUGGCCGCACGCUCUACGGUUUCGGCGCAUAG